AGUGUCGCGCGAGGGGGCGGGGCCGGGCCGGGCUCGCUGACUGGCAGCCCGGGUGGUGGGCACAGUGCGAUGGCGGGGGCUGAGGGUCUCAUGGCUGAAGUAAGCUGGAAGCUCUUGGAACGACGAGCCCGGGCCAAGCGCUCAGCCUGCAACGCUUAUGAUAAGAAUCAACAGUUUGAAAUGGCCAGCUCACCUGAUGCAGCCUUCUCUUCACCUGCUUUGUUAAGGUCUGGCUCAGUUUAUGAACCUCUUAAAAGCAUUAAUCUUCCAAGACCUGAUAAUGAAACUCUUUGGGAUAAGUUGGAUCAUUAUUACAGAAUUGUCAAGUCAACGAUGCUGACGUAUCAAAGUCCAACUACAGGUCUCUUUCCUACUAAAACAUGUGGUGGAGACCAGAAGUCCAAGGUUCACGAGAGUCUGUACUGCGCUGCGGGGGCCUGGGCCUUGGCGCUGGCAUACAGGCGCAUUGAUGAUGACAAGGGAAGGACCCAUGAGCUGGAGCACUCGGCCAUAAAGUGUAUGAGAGGAAUUCUCUACUGCUAUAUGCGGCAGGCUGAUAAGGUGCAGCAGUUUAAGCAAGACCCCCGGCCCACAACGUGUCUCCACUCUGUUUUCAGUGUGCACACUGGCGAUGAGCUGCUCAGCUAUGAAGAGUACGGCCAUCUUCAGAUAAAUGCAGUCUCACUCUUCCUCCUUUACCUGGUGGAAAUGAUUUCCUCAGGUCUCCAGAUAAUCUAUAACACAGAUGAGGUGUCUUUUAUUCAAAACCUUGUGUUCUGUGUAGAGAGAGUUUACCGUGUUCCUGACUUUGGUGUCUGGGAGAGAGGAAGCAAAUAUAAUAACGGCAGCACAGAACUGCACUCAAGCUCUGUUGGCUUAGCAAAAGCAGCCUUAGAAGCGAUAAAUGGAUUUAACCUCUUUGGAAACCAGGGAUGCUCUUGGUCAGUUAUAUUUGUGGAUCUCGACGCUCACAAUCGCAACAGGCAGACGCUGUGCUCACUGUUACCCAGAGAGUCACGCUCUCAUAACACAGAUGCCGCCCUGCUCCCGUGCAUCAGUUACCCUGCGUUUGCCUUGGACGAUGAAGCUCUGUUCAGCCAGACACUUGACAAAGUGAUAAGAAAAUUGAAAGGAAAAUAUGGAUUUAAGCGUUUCUUGCGAGAUGGGUACAGAACGCCGUUGGAAGAUCCCAACAGACGCCAUUACAAACCAGCAGAGAUCAAGCUGUUUGAUGGCAUUGAAUGUGAAUUUCCCAUAUUCUUCCUUUACAUGAUGAUCGACGGUGUUUUUAGAGGCAAUCUUGAACAAGUCAAGGAAUAUCAGGACCUGUUGACCCCUUUGCUUCAUCAGACCACAGAAGGAUAUCCUGUUGUACCAAAGUACUAUUAUGUGCCAGCUGACUUUGUAGAAGAUGAAAAAAGAAACCCUGGUAGUCAGAAGCGGUUUCCAAGUAAUUGUGGCCGUGAUGGGAAAUUGUUUCUUUGGGGACAAGCUCUUUAUAUCAUUGCAAAACUCCUAGCUGAUGAGUUAAUCAGUCCUAAAGACAUUGACCCUGUCCAGCGCUUUGUCCCACUUCAGAAUCAACGGAACGUGAGCAUGAGAUACUCUAAUCAGGGUCCACUGGAGAAUGACUUGGUGGUUCAUGUAGCACUUGUAGCAGAAAGCCAACGCCUUCAAGUUUUUCUCAAUACAUAUGGUAUUCAAACUCAGACUCCUCAGCAGGUGGAACCUAUUCAGAUUUGGCCUCAGCAGGAGCUUGUGAAAGCUUAUUUCCACCUGGGUAUCAAUGAAAAGUUGGGUCUGUCUGGAAGGCCAGAUAGGCCCAUCGGCUGCCUUGGUACAUCAAAGAUUUAUCGCAUUCUAGGAAAGACUGUGGUUUGUUACCCUAUCAUCUUUGACCUGAGUGACUUCUACAUGUCUCAGGAUGUUCUGCUGCUCAUUGAUGACAUAAAGAAUGCACUACAGUUCAUUAAGCAAUAUUGGAAAAUGCAUGGACGCCCACUUUUCCUUGUUCUCAUCCGGGAAGACAACAUAAGAGGUAGCAGAUUCAACCCAAUAUUAGACAUGCUGGCAGCCUUUAAAAAGGGAAUAAUUGGAGGCGUCAAAGUUCACGUUGACCGUUUGCAGACAUUGAUAUCCGGAGCUGUAGUAGAACAGCUUGACUUCCUACGAAUUAGUGACACAGAAAAGCUUCCAGAAUUUAAGAGCUUCGAAGAACUAGAAUUUCCCAAGCAUUCAAAAGUCAAACGACAGAGCAGUACCGCAGAUGCUCCUGAGACACGACAGGAGCCAGACAUCACCAUUACGGAGUGGAAGAACAAACCCACCCACGACAUCCUUCAGAAGCUGAAUGACUGCAGUUGUCUUGCCGGUCAAACCAUCCUGCUGGGUAUACUGCUCAAAAGAGAGGGCCCUAACUUCAUCACAAAGGAAGGAACUGUGUCUGAUCACAUUGAGAGGGUGUAUAGAAGAGCUGGCAGCAGAAAGCUUUGGCUGGCUGUGCGGUACGGGGCUGCAUUUACCCAGAAAUUUUCCUCCUCUAUAGCCCCGCACAUUACCACCUUUCUGGUACAUGGGAAACAGGUAACUCUAGGUGCCUUUGGACAUGAAGAGGAGGUCAUCUCUAAUCCACUGUCUCCAAGAGUGAUUAAGAACAUUAUCUAUUAUAAGUGUAAUACCCACGAUGAGAGGGAGGCGGUCAUUCAGCAAGAACUGGUCAUCCAUAUCGGCUGGAUCAUCUCCAACAGCCCCGAGUUGUUCAGCGGCAUGCUGAAAAUACGAAUUGGGUGGAUCAUCCAUGCCAUGGAGUACGAGCUACAGAUCCGGGGCGGGGAUAAGCCGGCUGUGGACUUGUACCAGCUCUCACCCAGUGAAGUCAAGCAGCUGCUGCUAGACAUUCUCCAGCCUCAGCAGAGUGGAAGAUCUUGGUUGAAUAGACGUCAGAUUGAUGGGUCAUUGAAUAGAACACCCCCGGGAUUCUACGACCGAGUGUGGCAGAUCCUGGAGCGCACACCUAAUGGUAUCGUGGUAGCUGGGAAGCAUUUGCCACAGCAACCAACUCUGUCAGAUAUGACCAUGUAUGAGAUGAAUUUUUCUCUACUUGUUGAAGACAUGUUGGGAAACAUUGACCAACCAAAGUAUAGACAGAUCAUUGUUGAGUUACUAAUGGUCGUAUCCAUUGUGCUGGAAAGAAACCCUGAGCUAGAAUUUCAAGACAAAGUGGAUCUGGACAGAUUGGUCAAAGAAGCAUUUCAUGAGUUUCAAAAAGAUGAGAGUCGGCUAAAGGAAAUUGAAAAACAAGAUGAUAUGACUUCCUUUUACAACACGCCCCCACUGGGAAAAAGAGGAACCUGCAGCUACUUGACGAAAGCUGUGAUGAACUCCCUGCUGGAGGGGGAAGUGAAGCCCAGCAAUGAGGACUCAUGCCUGGUUAGCUAGUGCUGCCUGUAGGAAGCAGAGGGGGCAGCUGUCCAGCUGUGCCUUUUGUGUUGACGUUAACUAGACUGCCAUUAGAGAGUGAACAGAUGUGUUAGUGUGGUGGUUGUUGUAUUCUGUUUGUCAUGACCGGACCUUUGCAUGCCAAUGGCAUUCGAACUGUAAGCAAUGAUUGAAAUCAAGCGGAACCAGUUUCUAUGAUUUGUGCCAGAAACUCUAAUCUUCACUGAACCAUAGAAAUAGUUUAUGAAUUGAAAAUUCGCAACUGCAUGUUUUGUGAUCAAAUAUUUUGUCAAAAUUCUGAGUCUUCACUUCUUUCGACUUUAUUUUCACCUUCCUGCUAUUAAAACAAGCCUGACAAGGGGUGAUGCUUUACUGGGAGUCACAAGGUAUUAGAGAAUGGUGAUGGCUGUGCCUCUGUUGUACCACAAAACUAAGACAUGCAACACACAUCAAAAAAAAAAAUUAACUCCUGGUAUUUAACUUCAGAAGUUGCAUUAUUAAUAAUACUAUGUUAUACAGAACUCUUAGAUGGUUUUUACCUUGUAAACAUGACUGUAGUUUUGUACUGAGUAGCAUAUAAGUGUUGGGCUAAAAUAUAAUAUAUCAAGCAUUUUCUGAGCAUCUGUUAAAUAUAGGAUUACAGAAGUGUCAGUCAGCAGAGCUGGGAAUCAUGAUACAAUCCAGCCUUAAAAAUUAGACAAAGAAAAGAAGUCAAUUACUUGUCAUAGUGUGUGAAGAGAAGUUAUGAAAAGAUGGUCCUAAUGAAGCCAUCUGUAAAACUUAAGUCUGAAAAGCCAGUCACAAAGCCCAUGAAGGAAGAGUAAAUUCUGGUGGUUGUUGGACAGGGAAUAGAAAUCAAAGAAUGAGGGGAGGAAAAGCCCUUGAAAUAUUUAAAACUUGUUAAAAUUCAGAAGAAAGUAAACACUUGUAUCCUUAAAAAUUAAAUUUUUUUGAUUAGCUGAGCAAAGUUGCAAGAAAAAAUGCUAUCUUAGUUAAAAUAGACAUCACUUGCAAGUCUGUUUUCUGAAUGAGCAGUUAACUUCCUGUUACAUAUGCAACUUUUGGCACUUUGUUCUGCUGCUUGAAAGCAUUUGAAAUCAACAACUGUGUGUCAGCUUUUUAAAUUGCGGAAUGCAAAAUUUAUUGUUCUGCAAGAUAUUUUGGGAUGAUCAAUAAAUGUUGAUGUUCCUCCAUCAGAA